AAAUUGAGCGAUGGUGACACUCAAGAAAAUGUAUAAAAAUGAGCUGUUCACAACCCCAAACCCUUCUUCUCCGUACAUUACGUCGCUUCUCUUUAUUUUACCUAUUUUCCCCAAGGUUUCUGUUGCUAUAAUCUUGCUUGCUAAAUCGCAUAUUUUCUUAAUUCUGUCAAAAUUUACUCUAUCUUUCUGCAGAAGCUACUGACUGCACCACUCCAAGAACACGUUUUUUUCCUUUCUUGUGAUCAGCAAGCUUUCUAAAGCCUGGAAAUUGGUAAAAGGGCUACAGAGAAAAUAAACACAACGUCACUAUGUCAAGGCACACUCAGCUCCCUCCUCGCUGCCCUCUCCAGAAGAAAACUGUAGCACCCGAAGUUAAUGCAUCAAUUUCCCUGUUCUCGGGAAAAGGUAUCGAGUUUCAUUCCAUGCAAAACGAACAGUACAAAACCACCUCCAAGAGCCUCAUACUCGAGGAUCAACCACCUUGGUUGAACGACCUGAUAAGUGAUUUAGAUUUGGAUUUGAACACCGAUAGUUCAUUACCAGAUCUAGAUCAACUUAAUGAGAAGGAAAUUACGGAGUCUGAUGGACCUAAUGAUGAAUUAGGGUCGUCUUGCACGUACGGCCCUAAUUCACCUCGGAAGAGAAACAUGUUAGGCUUCCCUGAAAAUGAGAUCGCAUCAGCAUUUUCCGAAUAUGCUGUCCAAAAUUCUCUGCUGCAUUUGGAAGGAUAUAAUUCUGUCUCUGGAGUGCAGUCGGACUCAUAUAGAGAUGCACGUGCUUCAGCUGAUGAGAUCAGUUCCGGAAUGAAACAAAUGAGGUGUCACCCUGGGCAGAGGUCUAGAGCUCGAAAACUUCAGUAUAUUUCUGAGCUGGAAGGGUCUGCUAAUGCUCUUCAGAAUAUUGGGUCCCAGUUGGCUGUCAGAGUUGCUUCCCUUAUCCAGCAGCAUGCUGCUUUGUCCUUGGAGAAUGCCUCAUUGAAGCAGCAACUUUUAAGAGUGAAUCAGAAGAAAUUCAUCGUAGAUAAUGAAUAUGAAACCCUAAAGAUAGAAUUGGAGAGGCUGAGAGCCGUUUCCACCGCCACCAACAAGUUCCACAGCAGGUCACGCGCAGUUGAUAGCGCCAUCUGGGACAUGUUAGAUAUGCGAAAACUUAAUCUAAACUAAAAGAAACGACAACAUCCUUCUCACGAGCAAAGCUCUUCAGUUUGGUUUUGAACUCUGCAGCAGCUGAGAUGACAUCUAUGAUUUUAGGUAGGACUAGUUUUGAUGGUUAGCAAAGAAUACGACUCUAAUGGCCUCAAUAUGUGUACACUUGUCACUUUUGUUAUUGUGUACUUUUAUCAUUAUGAUAUGCAUAAGUUCUCUUUUAAUU